GUCCCCUCCCCUGCGGAAAUGUCCAGCGGGCCUGUGGCCGAGAGCUGGUGCUACACUCAGAUCAAAGUGGUGAAGUUCUCUUACAUGUGGACCAUCAAUAACUUCAGCUUCUGUCGUGAGGAGAUGGGGGAAGUCAUCAAGAGCUCCACCUUCUCUUCUGGGGCCAAUGACAAGCUGAAAUGGUGUUUGCGGGUGAAUCCCAAGGGCCUGGAUGAGGAGAGCAAAGAUUACCUGUCCCUCUACCUGCUGCUGGUCAGCUGUCCAAAAGCCGAGGUGCGUGCCAAGUUCAAGUUCUCUAUCCUCAACGCCAAGGGAGAGGAGACCAAAGCCAUGGAAAGCCAGAGGGCGUAUCGUUUUGUCCAGGGGAAGGAUUGGGGUUUUAAAAAGUUCAUCCGGAGAGAUUUCCUCCUAGAUGAGGCCAACGGCCUUCUACCUGAUGACAAGCUCACGCUCUUCUGUGAGGUGAGUGUGGUGCAGGACUCUGUCAACAUUUCUGGUCAGAACACCAUGAACAUGGUAAAGGUACCCGACUGCCGGCUAGCAGACGAGCUGGGCGGCCUGUGGGAGAACUCACGUUUCACAGACUGCUCCCUGUGUGUGGCUGGCCAGGAGUUUCAAGCACAUAAAGCCAUCCUAGCAGCACGUUCCCCAGUAUUCAGCGCCAUGUUUGAGCACGAGAUGGAAGAGAGCAAAAAGAAUCGUGUGGAGAUCAACGAUGUGGAGCCCGAGGUUUUCAAAGAGAUGAUGUGCUUCAUUUACACAGACAAGGCUCCAAACCUGGACAAAAUGGCAGAUGACUUGCUUGCAGCAGCUGAUAAGUAUGCUCUGGAGAGACUGAAGGUCAUGUGUGAGGACGCGCUGUGCACUAGCCUGUCUGUGGAAAACGCUGCUGAGAUCCUGAUCCUCGCUGACCUGCACAGCGCCGACCAGCUCAAAACGCAGGCCGUCGACUUCAUUAACUACCAUGCUGCAGAGGUGAUGGAGACAGCAGGCUGGAAGUCCAUGGUGGCGUCUCAUCCGCACCUGGUGGCUGAAGCGUAUCGCUCCCUGGCUUCUGCUCAGUGCCCUUUCCUCGGACCCCCACGCAAACGCCUCAAACAGUCCUAACAGUCCCACAGGAAGGCAUCCACACACACUCAUACAAACUCACACCUUUGCACAUACAUGCACUCACAAAAACACACAGAUCCCCCCCCAACCCUCAAACACACAGGGACAACCUUUCCCCCUUGCUGUUACCUACUACACUACCUACAGCCUCUCCCCAAAUCUCCCCCUUCUGCCCCAUCCAGAACCUGCUGUAUUUAGUCUCUUCUAAAGAUGGAGGGAAGGAGGAGGAAGAGAUGGACGAGAGGGAGAAGUGGGAUUGUUAAGUGGAUGUUUUGUUGUUUACAAAGGAAAAAGAAAAACCCACAGCACCCUCUCCUUUCUCCUCGGCUCUGGUUUAGUGAGGUCUCUUUUCCGUGAAUAAAUCCAAAAUCCUUGGUAGUUCCUACUUUGGAAUCUGUUCAGGAGGAAGAACUGGACACAUGAACCCAACAAGAGCCAACCGUUUUUGAAACUUGGAGGCUUGAAGGACUAUUGCAGAUAAGGUCUUUUAAGUGUCUAUUUUAUCACAUGGCUUCUUUUUUUGCUCUGUUCUUAGUGUUUGGAGUAGAGCUGUGAGAGAAGCCCAAAAACUAAAGGACACGUGGGCCUGUGAGGGACUAAAGAAGAUGAAAUGGGCCUUUCAAACUAGAAGACCCCAAGAAAGACAACCAAGGGCUAGUCAAAAAAACAAAAAAGAAGCAGCAAGAGCAGAUAUGGGCCUAAAAUCAUCAAAUUUUCCCAAAGAAAGUGGGGAAAACAUUGCACUAAAUUCACAGGUCACCCCCGUGUCAACCCUUACCAGCAGUAAAGUAGAAAUACUGUAGGCAAGCACACAUUGACGCAAGCUUCUUGGACUAGAGACCCAGCUGGACCACCAAGAACAAGUACCCUUUAAGAAGAUUUAUCAGCAAGUGACAAAAAAAACCAACACAUGAUCUCCCAUGUAGAACUCUUCAAACUUCAUCUGCAUCUGUUUUCAUUUGUUUUGUUUUGUUUUGUUUUGUUUGUUUUUUAAUUAGUGGAGAAAACCAGUUUAAAAAGGAUACGGAAAAUAGCAACGCACAACUGGAUGUCAUUCUUGGGGAAAUUUGUUUUGUGUCUGGAUCUCUUUGUAGCCCUUGAGAGAAAAUGAUGUCCAAGGUGUAGACAGACAAACCUACUAGAAGACAACAAAGGGAGGUUAAGAAAUGGUUACAUUAGAGUCCGAUAAGGCGUGUCGAUGUUAUUUUAUGAGAGGUAUUUUUUUUUUCCCUCAAAAAUGUUAUUUCUAUUUUUUUUUCUUCAUGGGAAUUUGUACAGACACCAGUGCUUUUGAAGCUGUGUUUAAACAAAAGCAUUUUCAACAGAGAAAUUCUUUGCAGGCAUGAAGACUGAAGGGAAAUGAAAUUGAAAUGAACACGUUUUAAUGUUCAGAAUAGACAUAAUGUGAAACACAUGCACACCAAGGUAAAACCAUAUGAAAUACAUUUUUGAAGUUAUCAUUUUAACCUGGUGAAAAAUGGUAAUUGAUAGAAGGAACCAUUGUUGUUUCUUUCCUGUAGAUAUCGCUGAAUAUGAGAAGUGACACUUAGUUGUUGCCAUUUUUUGUUCCCAAAAGAAUAAACCACAACUAUUUUGUAUUGAAUGCAGUGCAA